AUCAAUGGCUUCUUUGAGGGGAUCAUACUGCUGCUUUAAGUGCCAGAACCAUAUCGCUUUCCAUGAUGAAAUUAUUUCCAAAGAUUUUCGGGCAAGCAGUGGGAGGGCUUUUCUAUUCUCUCAUGCCAUUAACGUUAAAGAAGGUCCCAAAGAGGAUAGGCAGCUCAUGACUGGUCUUCACGCAGUUUCUGACGUAUUCUGCUAUGAUUGUGGAGAAGCUUUGGGAUGGAAAUACAUCAGAACUUACGAGGAAUCCCAGAAAUACAAAGAGGGAAAAUUCAUUCUAGAAAAGUUCAAGAUCACCAUGACCACUGAUCACUAGCAUAUAAGAUUAUCUGUAGGAUCCAUGUGAAUUUUCUGCAGAAGCUGCACAUUCAAAAGAAACAAAAGCCCUUUUUAAAACAAUAAGAUGGUCAUUUGUUCAUAUUGUACAAAGAUUGUUUAAAGGAAAAAUGGUGAAGAUCAUUUAUUUUAUUGUACAAAGAAAGGUGGGAACUACAAUAGACGAAAUUUUAAUUUUUGGUUGGCUAGAGAGUUGAGACUCAUAUGGUAUAUGUGAAUGAAUCUAUUGAAGGUAUU